AUGGGGCUGCCGCGCUGGCUGCCUCUGUUGGCGCAGCUGGUGGCGCUGCCGCCGUCAGGGACCUGGGCCCAGGACACCAUCAGGGUCUUCGUGGUGCCGCACAGCCACAUGGACGUGGGCUGGCUCUACACGGUGCAGGAGAGCAUGCGGGUCUACGCGGCCAGCGUGUACACGACGGUGGUGCGGGAGCUGGCCCUCGGGGAGCACCGGCGCUUCAUCGCCGUGGAGCAGGAGUACUUCCGGCUGUGGUGGGACCAGAUGGCCUCCAGGACCCAGAAGCUCCAGGUUCGCGAGCUGCUGGCCCACGGACGCCUGGAGUUUGUCAGCGGAGGCCAGGUCAUGCCCGACGAGGCGGUGACGCACUUUGACGACCAGAUCCUGCAGCUCACAGAAGGACACGGCUUCCUCUACGAGACGUUCGGGAUCCGGCCGCAGAUCUCCUGGCAGGCGGACGCGUUUGGCGCCUCUGCCACGACGCCCACCCUGCUUGCCCUGGCGGGGUUCAAUGCCCAUGUCAUCUCCCGGAUCGACUAUGAGCUCAAGGAGGCCAUGAUACACGCUAAGGAGAUGCAGUUCGUGUGGCGAGGGUCCCAGUCGCUGGCGGAGCAGCAGGAGAUCUUCACGCACGUCCUGGACUAUUACAGCUACUGCACCCCCCCAAACCUUUCUCUCUCCCACAGGGUGGGGUAUUCCUGGGAAGGCGACGCCCCGUUCCCAGCACGACUCCAGGAUAUGGCAUACACUAACCUGAACGACCCCGUCACUGUGCAUAACAUCGAAAUGUACUUGGAGAGCUUUGUGUUGAACGUGAAGUUGCGGGCCGGUUGGUAUCGGACCCCGCAAAUCCUCUGGCCCUGGGGGUGUGACAGGAAGUUCUUCAACGCGGGCAUGCAGUUUGCCAACAUGGACCUUCUGCUGAGCUUCAUCAACACGCAAUCAUCCCAGCUGGGCAUCACGGUGGAGUACGCCACCCUGAGCUCCUACUUCCAGGCUGUGCACGCCCACAACGCCACCUGGCACGUCCGUGGCCACCAGGACUUCCUGCCCUACUCCUCAGAGGAGUCGCAGGUGUGGACCGGCUUCUACGCCUCCCGCAGCCCGCUCAAGGGGCUGGCGAGGCGGGCCAGCGCGCUGCUGCAUGCGGGGGAGUCCAUGUUCACGCGCUACAUGUGGCCCCGCCCCGGGCGCCGCCUGGACCCCGGCUGGGCCCUGAAGCAGCUCCAGAAGCUCCGCUGGGCUGUCUCCGAGGUGCAGCACCACGACGGCAUCACGGGGACGCAGGCCGUGCAGGUGCGGGACAUGUUCGUGGGGCACCUGCGCGCAGGGGUGCAGGCCGUGCUCCGGCUGAUGGCCUCCAUCGUCCUGGACCGGCGCCGGGACUCACCAGGUGCGCGAGGCCCGCAGGGUGGGCCCGAGGGACACUUGGCCGCGGUCUACAACCCCCUGGCCUGGACCGUCACCACUUUGAUCAACCUGACCGUGAGCGUUCCCCACGUCACGGUCACCGACGAGUCAGGCCACCCGGCGGAGGCCCAGGUCCAGAGAUCGAAGGAGAUCCCACAUAAAUAUGACUUGUAUGUGCUGACCACAAUCCCGGGCCUCAGCUACCGGUACUAUAGUAUCAGGCCCACCAAGCAGGCCCCGGAUGGCAAACAGGCAUCAAGUGCCACCAUGACGGUCACCUCCGAGCUUGACCUCAAGCCGAGAAAACUACGCACCAGGCCCAGGGGCCAGAACCUGGUGUCCGUGAAGAACGACUGCUACACGGUCUUCCUAGACCCGGACACCAACCUGAUGCACAGCAUCUGGGAGAGAUGGAACAACCGGACGGUCAGCGUGACCCAGGAGUUCCUGGAGUACACCGUCAAUGGCGACUCGAAUGACGGCCCCGUCUCUGACAACUACGUGUUUCUGCCUAAAGGGCCCGCGGACCCGGCGUGGGAGGCGGUGAGAGUGCAGAUCGAGCGCGGGCGCCUCCUGACGGAGAUCCGGCAGUACUUCUACAGGACGUUGGACGCCAAAGAGCACACCUACGCCAUCUACUCCCGCCUGGCGCACGUGCCGCCCGCCCGGGAGCUGCUCUGCGGCCGCAUCGAGCAGGAGCUGCGCGUGGGCCCCCUGGAGGUGAACCGCGAGGCCAUCCUGAGGACCAGCACCGACCUGCACAGCCUGCGGGUCCUGCACUCGGACAGCAACGCCUUCCAGAUGCAGCGGAGGCUCCCCCGGGACUACCUGGUCCACGCCAUCUCCCGGAAUUACUACCCCAUGGUGCAGUCGGCCUACAUCGAGGACAGCAGGAGCCGGCUGGUGCUGCUCUCUGAGCAGGCGCACGGCGUCUCCAGCCAGGGGGACGGAGAGGUGGAGGUCCUGCUUCACCGGCGGCUGUGGAACAACUUGGAGUUGACCCAGUACUUCAACGUCUCCCUGAAAGAACCCUCGAUUAUCCGCCCGGUGUUCUGGCUCCUGCUGGGACCGCCGUCCAUGACCACGCGCCUGCGCCCGCGGAGUGGGCUGGCCCUGCAGCACAGACCCGUGGUGGUGCUGGGAAGGCUGACUGGUAAGGGGCCAUCUCUCCCAGGACCCCGUCAGCAGGAGGCUGUGACGCUGCCCCCGAGUCUUCACCUGCAGAUCCUGAGCAUCCCCGGCUGGAACUACAGCUCAGACCACACCAAGCACCUGCAGAACCUCCAGAAAAGCUUUCCGAGGAAGGCCAAGGCCGACCUCCGCCGCGUCCUGCUGCGGCUCCACCACCUGUACGAGGUCGGGGAGCACCGGGUCCUGUCUCGGCCGGUGACCGUGAACCUGAAGUCCGUGCUGCGGGGGCUGGGCACGCUGGUGGCCGUGGAGGAGCGCUCGCUCACGGGGACCUGGAGUGUGAACUCGCUGCAGCGCUGGAGGUGGAGGACACGCCACGCAGGCAGCUCCCGGCCCAGCGCCCAGCAAGGCCCCGUCGUCACCAUCGGCCCCAAGGAGAUCCGGACCUUCUUCGCCCACUUUCAGAGGCAGUGA